AUGGAAAUAGUUGAUAGUUAUCACAAGCUAGAUCCUGUUUCUGAGCUACCAGAUUGGUACUAUCCAUUUUACAGACAAUUUGUCAAAUUCAUGAUGUCAUGUAGUAUUAUGGUGUUUAUGGUAUGUUUGGUAAUUGCCAGUGCCAUUGGUGUAAUUGUAUACCGUGUUGUAUCCAGAGUGGAUUACAGUAACAAUCCAAUGGAGGAGUUUGUUUACUCUACUCUACUAUCUUCUGUUCUCAACUCAGUCUCUAUAAUGAUUAUGGGCAAGAUUUAUGAAAUACUGGCCUAUAAACUAACUGAUUGGGAAAACCACCGUACUCAGACAUCAUACGAUGACGCACUCAUAAUAAAACUGUUUGCAUUCCAGUUUGUCAACAGUUAUGUGUCAUUGUAUUACAUUGCAUUCUUCAGAGAUGAAACUUCAAAUGAUGGGAUCUUAGAUUUUGGACCGGAGUAUGAAGACACAUGUGACAACAACGACUGCAUGUCAAUGUUAUCAUUUCAAGUCUUAGUGCUUAUGUUGUUGAAACCUUUGCCAAAGUUCUUCAAAGAUAUUAUAUUACCUUGGUUUAUUAAAAACGUCAAGAAAUGUCUGCGGAAAUGCAAAAAUAACAAAGUGGAUGAAGCCGAGAAGCCGGACGAUAGCACUAAGGUUGAAAUGAAUGAUUUCUUAGAACGAGAACGUCAGAAACCUCCAGUAGGAGACGUUUCUCGUAGUCCACCCGUUGGUGAUUUCACACUGAUGGAGUACAACGAGAAGAUAAUCCAGUAUGGAUACCUUAUGGAGAAGUACCAAGUCACCAAGAUAUUGGAAACAGCUGGAUUGAUGCCCUUAGAGGAAGGUGCCCCGAUGAUAACUAGUGCAACGGCACAUCUCGUAGGUGGUUACAGUAUGCACCAGAUUGGUUUGACUGGCGCUGGCGUCCCUGCAAUCCAUCCAUAUGAGAAACGCAGAGAAAGUCUAUCAUUCUCUAGUCCUACAAAGUCUAGUAGUAUUGGUAUUGACCGUGACAUUGCCAGGUACGAUACCCAGGGUAAUAUGCAUUUUAAAGUGACUGAUGAUCUGUUUGCCUGUUCUCUACCAUUGGCUCCGUUAAUAGCUCUGCUAACUAAUCUGUGUGAUAUACGUGUUGAUGCUAAAAGAUUACUCUGGUUCAAUAGAAGACCUGUAGCCCUAGUUGCACAAGAUAUUGUUAGUUGGCUUGUUCUUAAACUUGUCAGCUCUUGUAAACUUUAUGAAACUUUAUAUUCACAGCAUUGUGUAUUUGCUAUCAAGUUCUUGAUUGCCUAUAUGAUACCUGACGUACCUACGGAUGUCAGCCUCUCAAUGAGAAGGGAGAAGUACCAAGUCACCAAGAUAUUGGAAACAGCUGGAUUGAUGCCGUUAGAGGAAGGUGCCCCGAUGAUAACUAGUGCAACGGCACAUCUCGUAGGUGGUUACAGUAUGCACCAGAUUGGUUUGACUGGCGCUGGCGUCCCUGCAAUCCAUCCAUAUGAGAAACGCAGAGAAAGUCUAUCAUUCUCUAGUCCUACAAAGUCUAGUAGUAUUGGCAUUGACCGUGACAUUGCCAGAAGAAGGAGAGCGCUUCGCAAUGUCAAAUGGUACAUGUAACAUACAUAGGAUACGUUAAUAAUAAUUGUGUUAAUGGUUGAGUUACGGAAUGGAUGGUGCGACGUACAUAGAUCCAGAGGUCGAUGACAAAUUCCCCGAUCCUGAAAAUAAAUCAAAAAGAAGAAGAAGAAAGAAAAAACAUCAUCAGGACAGUGACCUUGAC